CUGUGAGUUACAAAAGCAGCCGGCAAAUUGUUAUUUUUAUUUACAUUUAAAGUGCGCGCAAUUAUAUAAAAAAAGUUCCUUUAAAAUGUUAGUUAGUAAAGUAAAGUACAUACAAGCGCUUGGCGUACGCUGCAGCAGCUCGCACUAUGUGACAACACCAAUAUUCUACGUUAAUGCAGCUCCACACAUUGGGCAUCUCUACUCGGCGGUUAUAGCCGAUGCGCAUUGCCGAUACCAGCGACUGCGGCACCCGGAACGCAAGGUGCGUCUCUGCACGGGCACGGAUGAGCACGGCACAAAGAUUCAACAGGCGGCAGCUGCGCACAAGGUGCCCGUGGGCCAGUACUGCGAUGAGGUGUCGGCGCGUUAUCGUGACGUGUUUAGGGCAGCGGGUAUAGAACACGAUGAUUUCAUACGCACCACCGAGCAGCGACACAAACAGGCUGUGGCACACUUCUGGCACAGAUUGCAGUCGAGGGGUCAUAUCUAUUCGGCGGCCUACAGCGGUUGGUACUGCGUAUCGGAUGAAACCUUUCUGACUGAGUCGCAGCUGCGCCUUGACGCGACCAGUGGCACACGCUACUCAUUGGAAUCGGGUCAUCCGGUGGAGUGGACUGAGGAAACGAAUUACAUGUUUCGCUUGAGCCAAUUCCAAGACGAUGUGCGUCAUUGGGUUCAGCAGGAAGCGUGCAUACGUCCAGCCAAGUUCCAAAAGAUUCUGCUCGAUACGCUCAGUGAGCCGCUGCCCGACGUGUCCGUUUCCCGGCCCGCGAAUCGUGUCCACUGGGCCAUACCCGUACCAAAUGAUGACACCCAAACCGUGUACGUCUGGCUAGAUGCUCUGAUUAACUAUCUCAGCUCCCUUGGCUAUCCCAACGAACAGUAUCUAGCCGAUUGGCCGCCCGCACAGCAAAUCAUUGGCAAGGACAUACUUAAAUUCCACGGCAUUUAUUGGCCCGCCUUUUUGCUGGCCGCCGGUCUGGCGCCGCCGCAGCAGCUACAUGUGCACUCGCACUGGACAGUGGAUGGUCAGAAGAUGUCCAAAAGCAAGCACAAUGUUGUUGAUCCCGUGCAGGCAGCCCAACAGUAUACCAUGGAGGGUCUGCGUUACUUUCUGCUGCGCGAGGGCGUGGCACACAGCGAUGGCAAUUAUAGUCAUGUGAAGGCGCUGCGCAUAUUAAACUCGGAGCUGGCGGACACUUUGGGAAAUUUGUUGUCGCGUGCGUGUGCCAAGUCGCUGAAUCCACAACAGAUUUAUCCGGAGCCGCAUGUCGAGCACUUGCCACAUCUGCUGCACGACGUGGAUGCUGCCAAGCGGUUGCAGGAGGCGCUGCUGCAGCUGGAGGGGCGCUGUGAGCAGCACUACGAAGGCAAUCACUUCCACUUGGUGGCGGACACGGCCAUUGCAGCGCUGCAUGCGGCCAACAAUUUCUUUGAGUGCGCCAAGCCCUGGGAGCUGAAGGCUGGCGGCAGCUCACCCAAUCCACCACGCCUUCAGACAAUAAUCGCGAUGACAAUGGACGCGUUGCGGCUUUGUGGCAUUGUGUUGCAGCCAAUGAUGCCGCAGCUGACCAGCCGCCUGCUCGAUAAGCUAAACGUGCCCACUUCGCAGCGCAGCUGGCGUCAUUUGCAGGAGAGCUUCGCCACGACCACGACCAGCACUGACGGCGUGCACAAGAAUCGCCAGCUGGAUGAGCAGAGCAGUGCACACUUAUUCCAGCGCAUUUUGGAACAUCAGAAUAAACCAGCCGAGCAGCAGCAGCAGCAACAGUCUCUGUCGCACGUCAAGCGCACCCAAUCAAAAAAGGAGCGCAAGACAACAACGAGAAUGUCUUGACUGUCCGGGCUGGCACGUAGCUAACGUAAUAAACUGUAGCCAAACUCGAGUAGUUACUC